GCAUCCAAAGGUGCAGUUGUAUACCGUGUGGAGCCAGAAACGGUGCCGUUCGAUGUGACACCGUUUUCUGGAGAUGUGUUCAGCAGAAAUGGAGUGCCGAAUGGUCGGUACACCUUCGACGUUGUGGCAUCGGAUUAUCUCGGACAGACUGAUAUUGUUGGCUUGAAUGAACUGGUAUAG